AUGGAUACUCUGAUAGCCCUCAAUCAGGUGGACAGCCAAACCCUGACACCAAAUGAUAGGAGAUUAGCCUCGGAAAUUUUGCGAGAUUUUGCUCGUCGAGUUCAGGCAUCGGAUAUUCUAGCACCAGCUCUCGUCGUUCAAGAACCUGAUUUCAAAAGAUUUGAAUGGCCCGUGACAAACCGGCUUGAACUCCUCAUCAAUGCACUGGAUGCACCGAUUGAGCCAGACGAUGGCAGAUUCCACACUCUAUGUGAACAAGAUCCCCUGGUUGUUAUCAUCUGCGGACUUUGUUUGACCAAGAAGAAAAUCCUACGUAUAAACCAGGACCUUUGGGACGAAGUCUUGCGACAAGCUCAAACAGCCUCUCAACGAUUAGGCCCACAAUUUCUACACCAUACUCAAAUCAAUGAGAUAGUGGCGGGAACUAGCGGCAAUUUCAAGCAACGUUUCGACCAAACAAAAAGAUAUGCUGGGUCGAUCAGUCAUAUGACGAUGCGCGGCGUACCUAGUUACUUCUAUCCGAUGUCUGAUGCGUUGAAAUUUCGGAACUUGAUUAGCCUUGCAUUCAAUCGCACGGUGACAGCGUACUUACCUGCAAUCGAAUUCAAAGAUGCCUGUAUUAGGUUGACGGUCCUCUUUGAUCAGGAAUUUCUAGCCAGACUAACUGGUGUUGUUAUAGAAAACUAUGAUGCAGAGGGCUGCGUAUUGGAAGCGUUGAAAGAGAAAAUUGCGCCAAUAUUAGGAGACGAUGUUUUGCAAGCCUGUCAGAAAACUCAGAUGUGGGCGCAGGAAUCUAAAGACAAGCUCACUACACAAUGCGUCACGUGUAACGUGGUCCCUGGGCAGGUCAUCGUUCUGGAUGUAUUUGUAGAUUGGCAGGAGGGCAUCGCCUUUGUAAAUAAAACAUGA